UGUUCAAAUGUAGCAGCCACUCAUUACCAGCUGAAAGAAAAUUAUCUUGAAAUCGGAUGAAUCAAAACCCUCACUUUCUUCUCUCUCCGGGAGAUCAGUCGACGGUGGUGGGGUAGGUAGAUAAGCAAGAAGAGGAGUGACCGGUGAAGAAGUCUAUGAAUUUCAAGGCCCAUGCUCUUCUGAGCUGAGAAAAAUCACCUACAAUAAUCAAAUUCUCUCUCUUCAAUAAAGAGUUGGUGGUGGUAGUAUUAGUGUUGAAGAGGGAUUAGCAAUGCUGGAAACCCCUACCGCCGUCGAUUCCUCUUCGUCCACAGCCAACAUCGCCCCUAAGCGCUACGCUCCUCCCAAUCAGAGGAAUCGUCAACUGGGCAGACGCAAAUCUGGAGGAGAUCGACUUGAAAGAGCUAACACUUACCAAACUGAUGGAGAGAAACACCAAAAUGCUGCCUUAAAAAAUGUUCCCAUUGCAGAUCAUUGGGAUGGAGCUGGCAACAAUUAUGCAAAUGACAAUCUUCAUUCACGGUUAAUACCCUUGCAGGGGUGUUGUAACAGUGAAGCUUUUCAGCUUCUGAAUAACCGUUGGACAGCUGCUAUGAAUGCAUACAGUAAUCCAUCAAUAGAUUUAGCUGAAAGGCCAGUCUUGUAUACAGGAAGUGGUGCACCGGCCUGGGGGCAUGUUAGACUUCCCCAUCAGUUAAUGUCUCCAACGGCAAGUGUGGGACCUCCUGGUUCACAGAUGGAUUUCUUGGAUGAACUUUGGCGUAAAAUGCAAAAUGCAAAGGCAAAUCCUGACAUCCAACAGUUAUGAAUCACAAACCUUACUUGAAGCUCAUGCUUGGAUCUAGACCUUCAAAGUUCUGUGUACUGUAUGAUCUGAGAGUUUGUUGUACUUGUUAUGUGAACCUUGAUAUGUGCUAUCUUUCUACGUCAUGUUUAAUUUAUUCGACAAAAGGCUGGUCCACACCUUCAUCAUACAUGCAUGGUGAAAAAAAUGACCCUUGUUAUUGGAUAUUUGUGUGUGUAGCCUUGUGUAUGGCUUAUGUCUCAGUAAAGAGUAUCCGCAAAUAUGAAUGUAGGGAAUGGUAUCCAUAAAUUCUAUGUUCUAGGAAACAAUACACGUUCUACUUGAUAGCUCAUUUUCAAUUAGAAGAUCUGGAUCA